AUGUCGAACCGGAAAAGCUCUGACUACGUAGGGGAGUCCUUCGCCGACGCCCCUGAAGCCCCCGAUCAGUUGAAUGUCAAGAUUCCCCAAUCCUCCUCGACACGAUCCUUGACCGAUAGCCCGCCUGUCGGAUCAGGAGCUUCCCCCGAAACCGCGGCACAGCCGUUCUUUACUUCUGAAUCGCAGGACGAGCAGAAGGACGAGCAGACGGAUGGUGGUGAAUCGAUAGGCAAGAAGAAGAACAGAAAGAAGAACAAGAAGAAGGCCAAGCAAGAUGAGGAUGAGGUUGAAGACCUCCAGACCCCGGUGGAGGAUGUGAAGUUAGACCCGGCCGAUGAGUUACAAGCGCCUGCCACACCGGUCCAGCUGGGCGAGCCUGGCGAAGCAGUAGAGGCCGGUGAGGAGGAAGAGACGCCCCGGAAACCGAUGAAGCAGAAGUCCCCCUUGCUCACGUCUCAUCGCCUAUCCACCACAUCUUCGCUUGAUGAGGUGAACCUGACGAAUAGCAAGGAAGAUGAACCCGUUAUUGUUGGGGAGGGCGAUUCAGACCUCAAGUCGGAGUCGCCUCCAGUUCCCCCUAAGGACGAGACAGCAUCUUCGGCAGGCUUGGCUCUGAAGGGCCUUUCUGGUACCCUGCCCUCCUUGCCAUGGGGACCGCCCCCAGUCAACAAGAACCCUCCUCCCGCCGCACCCCCUCCACCAGCCCGCAAACCCAGCGGUCCCUUUUCCUGGUUCUCUCGAAGCUCAACCGGAGCCAAGGAUAUCAAGUCCCCACCUCAAACCGGCCGACGAAAUACAUCCAACUCUGUGUCGACGAUUGCGAGCAACUUGGAUCUGGUGGCUCAUGGGGAGGAUGGAGAUGCUUCGAGCGUGAACUCCAGGAGGCCGAGGCGGAACAGUCUGAAGGACCAGUUCAAGUUGCUGCGGAUGAGGGAAGAAUUUGUCGUUCACGAGAACGAUGAGGGAAGCAUCCGAUCAGGCCAUGCCAGCAUCAGUCAGACUGGAGCGAGUCCGCCCAUCAUCCCAGAGGAGGGCGAGGAUGGUAUUCUGGAAGCUCCUCCUGCUCCGGCCUCGGAAGCGACGUCGCCGGGUGCGACUUCGCCAUCUACAAUCAACCCCAACCUGGCCCCAGGCACUGUCUCUGGAUUCUCUCGGUCUGCGAGCGACGCAUCCACCCCCGUCGAUUGGGAUCUCUGGCAACAACUGGUGAACAAUGGACCUCAAGCGCUGGCCAGCUCUGAGGAACUGAAUGCUGCCAUCAAGCGAGGUAUUCCGCAAACCAUUCGAGGUGUGAUCUGGCAGAUUUUGGCUGAUUGCCGGAUCGGUGAAUUGGAAGACACAUACCGCGAACUUGUCGCUCGUGGAACUGACAAAGAUCAGCGGAGACCAAGUGUCCAAAUGAAUGGAUCGAUCGAGAAAGAGUCUACAACCUCGUCACGCUCCUCUAUUCGGUCUAACAACUCAGGGUCUGCCACUCAGCCCACCAGUGUCGCUGCUAGCCCCUCUGCAGAGACUGAUUCCGAGAAAUUGGCGAAAGAGCAAGCGGCUCUCUUGAAGAAAGCUAAAGAUGACGCUACUGCUCUGCAGAAGCUGGGAAAAAACCAUUCGACGGGAUUUGGUCAGGAAAGCCUCUUUGGACUGUGCAAGGCGUACGCUCUGUAUGAUGAAGCCGUGGGAUAUGCACAGGGCAUGAAUUUUAUCGUCAUGCCUCUGUUGUUUAAUAUGGACGAGAUCGAUGCUUUCGAGCUUCUCGUGAAGCUGAUGAACAAAUACAAACUUCGAGAGAUGUUCAUUCAGGACAUGCCCGGUCUUCAUCGCAGCCUCUACCAAUUCGAACGCCUUCUGGAAGACCUGGAGCCUGCUCUUUACUGUCAUCUCCGACGACGCGGCGUGCCCCCCCAACUGUACGCCACUCAAUGGUUCUUGACCUUGUUUGCCUAUCGUUUCCCUCUGCAGCUUGUGCUUCGUAUCUACGAUCUGAUCUUCGAGGAAGGCCUUGAGAGCACAAUCCUCAAGUUUGGCAUUGCUAUAAUGCGUCGAAACACCGAGGCGCUUCUGGGAAUGAAGGACAUGAGUCCCUUGACGACGUUCUUAAAGGAGCGUCUCUUCGAUGCAUACAUUGACAAGCAGCCAUCUGCGUCCUCUAUCCUAGAGUCAGGCUUCUUUGGAAGCUCUGGCGCUGCUGACAAGGAAGUCUAUCGGGCCGAUCUUCUCGUGCAAGAUGCCUGUGACGUGCCUCUCACUCAAAACAUGAUUAAUUCCUACACCGCUGAAUGGGAAGAAAAGACACGCACCGAGAAAGAGCGUGAGGCGGAAUUGGAGCAUCUUCGACACACGGUCUCCACCCAGGCUUCUCGCGUCCGACUGCUCGAGGAGCGCGCCGAGGCAUCAGACAAAGAACACGUCCAACUGGCGUCGGAGCUGGUUCAUGUCAAGGUGGAGAAUGAGGAACUGCGGGAUUUGAAUGAUGCACUGAAGCUCCAGGUCAGCGAGCUGAAAAUUGUUGUCGACAAGCAGCCUGCCGAAGUGGAGGAGAAGCUUCGCAUGGAGAUGGAACGCAUAAUGAAGCGGAACAUCGAAGUGCAGAACGAGAACCGUGCGAUGGAAGACUCCAUGGCUGAGAUGGAGAAGGAGCUUGUGGCGACGAAAAUGAAAUGGGCCGAGAUGUCUGAAAAUCAUGAGACUCUUCGUCAGAAAUGGAGCGACCUCCGUCGGGCUCUUGACUAA